AUGGCGGUAUUUCUGUUUAACUUGAAAUAUUCCGCUGUCACUGUGAUGGUGGCAGCGCUUCUAGCUGCUCUCGCUUUUGCUCUCGCCCAUGAUGUCUUCUAUCAAAGCCUGAACGGAAAGCCUGUGCUCAAGACCCAACCACUCGCUGGGUUGAGGUCCUCGUUGAAUAUAUCCGACCAGCAGAUUUACCUUUCGCUCGGUACGUUUUUUGCCUUCGUCAAGAGUUCUCUUGGAGCAUCCGUCUCAACGGUCUUUGAUCAAUUCGUUUGGAAGUCCAUCCACGACCAGAGAACUAGAAUUGGUAUUAUCGACGAUCUACUUUCUGCCAACUCGUCGUGGUCAGUGGAAUUUUACGGUCCUACGAUCGUCUGUGACAAAGCUAUCAAUACCUUGAAGAUCACUGGAAAUGAUACAUGGAAACUAUUCUUGUAUAAUUAUCUUUCUUUGGCACCUGAGUCAGAUACUCUGGUUGGUUCUGCACCUUUUCAACACGAGAAUGGGAGUGACACGUACACUGAACGGUUGCUUAGGCUCGGUCCCCCAGUUCAAGAUCCAAGCGACGUAUCGCGACUCUGGAGUUCGAAAAAGCCUGGCGCUGACAGGCCACCUCUAUCUCUAUUUGUUGCCACAUUUCCGCAUGCUUUAGAAUAUACCGAAUUUCACCAAGCUGUGGAAAACUUGGACAGAGUUGUAUGGAAUGCCACGAUUCUACAGUGUGUGCUCCACAAUGCCACAUAUCAGGUCAAUCUCAGCGACGUCAACGGAGACCAGACAGUCCAUGGAGACAUCACAGUCCUUAAUGGCGUUGGCCACUUCGGCGGUGUUACCAAUAUGGACAUCGAAGAGGGGAAACUUUCUUCCAAUACUUCCUUUUUACACAACCUUCAACUCAUAGAGUCUGCGUCUUAUCAGUCUAUAAUGGAGUCUUUUGGGGGUCUUUUGUUUGGAUCGAUCGGUACUCGGUUCAUCAUUGCUGGAUACAGAAGAGAUGGAUCUGUUCAAUCUACCAUAGGCACGAGAUCGAAAGGUCCAUUUGAGGAUUACUGGUACGGGAGAUCUGUCAGCGUGUCAAAUGAAUCUUCGGUAUUAUCCAAAGCCCCUGGAGGAACUUUUCCAGAACAUCACCUUUUCGCUCAUGAGCUCCAAAAUGUUCCAGUGAGCAACACCGUGAACGCAGUGCCAGAAAAAAACGUGCCUAUCACCUCUUACCACAAUAUCUACGUUUACACUCGAUCGAUUCUCCGGGCUGCUUGUGGUACUGCAUUUGGCGUCACGACAUUGUGUGUUGCUGCCGGCAUCUUGCUCUAUUUCUCCAACGAUGGAUCCUACAGCAGGCGCCACGAUAUCCACGGAGCUCGGCUAGAAGACUACAGUGGCCUGGACCCGCUUCCGGGCCACAUUGCGAAUUCGAAAUUGACCACCGGCUACAACCCAGAUCAUCCUGCCAGGGCAUUAUCCACGGCCCCUCUGGGUCAUCGAGAAUCAGCGGCUAGUAGUCAGCUGCUUGAGGUGACAUCGAAUGGAGUUGUUGACGAUAAGAGAAGUAGCACGAGAUGA